ACAAGAGAAGACAGACACAUCAACAGGAGAAGACACAGCAAGAUCGCAUGUACUUCACUUCUGGCUUCAUCUGAUUUUUAAAGGGCUCUUUCUUAAAGACUUUGAUUCUUUUUGUGUCAAGGUUUACAUUGCUUUGCACUCUAAAGUCUAAACAUGAGACUUGGAGUCGUGGCAUUGGUGGUUCUUGGAACCUGCUGCUUGAACGUGUGGUCUGUGCCACUCAAAUCUGUGUUUGUGACAUUUCCUGGAGAUGCCAUCAAGAACAUGACAGAUAUAGAGCUGGCAGAUGAAUACCUGAAGCGGUAUGGUUACAUAGAUGUCCUGAAGAAGAGCACACUGCAUGGAGCUAUCUCCAGUUCAAACGUUCUGAAGAACCUCCAGAACAACCUCGGGCUGGAGGAGACGGGAAAACUUGACGCAGCCACUAUUGAUGCCAUGAAGAAGCCCCGCUGUGGGGUCCCAGAUAUCCGUAACUAUCAGACCUUCGAAGGGGAUCUGAAGUGGGACCACACCGAUGUUACAUACAGGAUUCUGAACUAUUCUCCUGACAUGGAAGCACCUUUGACUGAUGACGCCUUUGCCAGAGCUUUUAAGGUGUGGAGUGAUGUCACCCCUCUGACUUUUAGACGCCUCUAUGAGGGCACUGCUGACAUCAUGAUCUCAUUUGGAAAAGCAGAUCACGGUGAUCCAUACCCAUUUGAUGGCAAAGAUGGUCUCCUGGCUCAUGCUUAUCCUCCCGGUGAAGGAAUUCAAGGGGAUGCCCACUUUGACGAUGAUGAGUACUGGACCCUUGGAAAAGGACCAGCAAUCCAGACCCGCUAUGGUAAUGCAGAGGGUGCCAUAUGUUACUUUCCAUUCGAGUUUGAAGGACAGACCUACUCCAGCUGCACCACUGACGGGCGCACAGAUGGACUUUCCUGGUGUGCCACCACUGCCAACUACGACCAAGAUAAAAAAUUUGGCUUCUGUCCUAGUGAGCUUCUCUUUACAUUUGGUGGAAACGACAAUGAUGCACCAUGUGUCUUCCCCUUUGUGUUUGAUGGGGCAAAAUACGAGUCGUGCACAACAGAUGGGCGAACUGAUGGGUAUCGCUGGUGUGCCACUACAGCUAAUUUUGACACUGAUAAGAAAUAUGGAUUCUGCCCUAACAGAGACACGGCUGUGAUUGGUGGAAAUUCAGAGGGAGAACCAUGCAAGUUUCCCUUCACCUUCUUGGAAAAGACAUACACUUCCUGCACAAGUGAGGGCCGCGAUGAUGGAAGACUCUGGUGUGCAACUACCAGCAGCUAUGACAAGGAUAAAAAAUGGGGAUUUUGCUCUGAUAGGGGAUACAGUCUGUUCCUGGUGGCUGCCCAUGAGUUUGGACACGCACUUGGUCUGGACCACUCCAAAGUCAAGGAUGCUUUGAUGUAUCCCAUGUACAAAUAUAUAGAGGAUUUCUCUCUGGAUAAGGAUGAUAUUCAGGGCAUUCAAUAUCUAUAUGGACCCAAAACAGGCCCUGAUCCCACUCCUCCAAAACCUACAACAACCCCUUCCUCUCAUACCAAACCCACCCCAAGUAAGACCACUGUUUCCACCACAACACCUGUAAUCCCUUCAAAGGAUGCAUGCGAGGUGAAUGAAUUUGACAGUAUCACUGAAAUCGAGAAGGAGCUUCACUUCUUUAAGGAUGGGCACUACUGGAAGAUGUCAAAAGCUGGAAAACGCGUUGGUCCAUUCUUGAUGUCUGAGAAAUGGCCUGCUGUGCCAGCUGUUAUUAAUACAGUCUUUGAGGACCAACUCACUAAAAAGCUCUACUUCUUUGCAGGCAAACAGUUCUGGGUAUACACUGGAAAGGACAUGCUUGGACCACGUAAAAUUGAGAAACUCGGCCUCCCAAGCAACCUAGAAAAAGUGGAAGGAGCACUGCAGAGAGGAAAAGGCAAAGUACUCCUGUUUAGUGGAGAGAAAUUCUGGAGACUGGAUGUAAAGGCUCAAAUGAUAGACACAGGGUACCCUCGAGAAACCGACGAAGUUUUUGGUGGAGUGCCCCACGAUUCACAUGAUGUAUUUCUCUACAAGGGGUUCUUUCACUUUUGCAGACAAGGGUUUUACUGGAGAAUGAACAGCAAAAGGCAGGUUGACCGAGUUGGAUAUGUGAAGCAUGACAUCCUGAAAUGCCAAUGAGUGCAGUUGUUCUAUACAGUGGACACGUCCGACAUCCUGAUGCCAAGACAGUCCUUAUUAAUAGGGAAACCGUUUUCUUAAUUGUAAAUUUGGUGAGGAUGACACAGACAGAAUGUAUUGAACUUAAGUCUAUGUUAUGCGAGUUUUGAGAACAGUUUUAACACUGAAAUAAUCAUAGGAACAAGAAACAGGAUGUAAGUCAUGUUUGUAUGCCAGCUUGAAGAUGGUCUUAUAAUUUAUUUUUUCAGCUUACUAUAACUGCUUUGGUCACGAUGCUUCACAAGAAACUGUAUGAAACUAUAAUGAGGAAAUGUCAGUGUAACUCAAUCAACUUUGUGUUUGUUAAUGUAAGAGUGGAUUCACCAACAUUAUGAAUUAACUGCACAAUUAUCAAUAUUCUCCUUUAUACAACAAUGCAUCCAUUGACUGCCGUCUCCACUCAGAUGUUUUCAAAUGCAAAGGAUUAUUUUUUAGCCUUAGAGCUAAUAUUAAGAUAUUAUUAAACCCAGAUAUUGGUGUUAUGUGAAAAUCAUUUGCCUGGUGUAAAUGAUAAUAUAUUGAUAUUAUUAAUUUAAUGUUCCACUUUGUUCUUAUUUAUAUAUUUUUGCUUACUGCAUUGUUUAUGUUUAUUCAAUAAAAUUGUAAACAAGACCAUUCAAA